AUGCCCCGCCGCGCGUCGCGCGCUGGCGGCCAAAGGCGCGCCGCCGCCGCCGCGGCGGCCGCCACCGCCGGCCUGACGCUGCUGCGGCCGCGGGCCGCUGGCACCGAGACCUUCGCCCUCGGCGGGGCGGCGCGCGGCGUGCGCUGUGUCGGCCCGGCGGCGCUGCCGGCAUCCCGUCCGCGGCUAGGCGGAGCGCUUGGCGGCCUCCGCCGCCGCGAGCGGGCGCCGGGUGUUUCUGCCGCCCGCCGCUCUCGCGGCAGCGCCGGGGCAGCG